AUGCUAUCAAAUACGUUGCGCAGCACUGCGCGAUCAAGUCGCCUUGUUGCUCCGAACCACCGACUGCUCACCCGCGAUGCACGCCGAACGUACGCUUCCGUGACCGAUCUCAGCAACUUUCCCAAACCGGGAGAGCAGAUCCAUGGCUUCACCUUGAAGAGGACGAAACACGUGCCAGAGUUGGAGCUGUCUGCAUUACAUUUCCAGCAUGAAAAGACGGGAGCAGACUAUCUGCAUGUGGCAAGAGACGAUACCAACAAUGUCUUCAGCAUUGGCUUCAAGACAAAUCCGCCAGACGCCACGGGAGUACCUCAUAUCCUUGAGCAUGUCACGCUAUGUGGGUCGGAAAAGUACCCUGUACGAGAUCCCUUCUUCAAGAUGCUUCCUCGAUCUCUCCAGAAUUUCAUGAAUGCGUUUACCAGCUCCGACUACACAAUGUAUCCCUUUGCCACGACGAAUGCUCAAGACUUCAAGAAUCUCAUGGACGUCUACCUUGAUGCGACGUUGAAUCCACUCAUCAAGAAAUCGGACUUUGUGCAAGAAGGAUGGCGCAUUGGGCCAGAGAAUCCUCGAUCGCCACCCAAAGACGAGAGCGGUAGCGAUUUGGUGUUCAAAGGCGUCGUAUACAACGAGAUGAAGGGCCAGAUGUCCGAUGCGACGUACCUCUACUACAUUCGCUUCAUGGAGAAUGUCAUUCCCGCACUCAACAACAGUGGUGGCGACCCUCAGAAGAUGACCGAUCUGACAUAUGAUCAGCUGCGGAGCUUCCAACAAGGACACUACCAUCCGAGCAACAGCAAGAUCCUGACUUACGGAGACCAGCCGAUUGAAGAGCACCUGCGACUGCUGGGUGAACAAUUGUCUCGCUUUGAGAAGACUGAAGUAGAUCGCGAUGUCAAGGCACCAAUAUCUCUGGCUGAUGGUCCUCGAAAUGUCACCGUCAAGGGACCAGUCGAUCCACUGACUCCCCCCGACGCUCAGUUCAAAACUUCCACGACCUGGCUGAUGGGAGAUUCCAACGACAUUGCCGAAUCCUUUGCGCUCAGAAUUGCCACGAAUCUGCUACUCGACGGAUACGGCUCGCCAAUGUACAGCGCCCUGAUAGAGUCUGGUCUGGGAACAGACUUCACACCUAAUACUGGCUACGAUCCUUCUGGUCAAACAGGAAUCUUCUCCAUCGGACUGAACGGCGUCACAGAGGCCAACGUGCCCAAAGUGAAGGAAGUCAUCGCCGCGACGGUAAAGGAAACGAUCAAGAAAGGUCUGGACAAGACCAAAGUCGAGGGCUUGCUACAUCAAUCGGAGCUUGGUCUGAAGCACAAGACUGCAUCAUUCGGCAUGAACUUGAUCCAACGCCUCAAGCCAGGCUGGUUCAACGGGAUUGAUCCUUUUGAUGCGCUUGCGUGGAAUAGCAUCAUGGACACGUUCAAGUCAAGCUACGCAUCGGAGAGAUAUCUUGAAGGUCUUCUGGAGAAGUACCUCCUCACGGACAACACCUUGACAUUUACCAUGACACCAAGCACAACCUACUCUGCCGAUCUCGCAUCUGAAGAAGCAGAAAGGCUUCAAAGCAAGAUUGCGGAAGCUGUGAGCGCCUAUCCGAGUGAGCAAGAGGCUUACAAGCAACUUCGCGAGCGGGAGCUGGAACUGGUCGCGGAGCAGGAUGCUGGUCAGACCGAGUCUCUUGAUAUCCUGCCCACGCUACACGUCUCUGACAUUCCUCGUGAACAAAAGCGAACAGUCGUGAGGGACAGCGAGGUUGAUCACGCCCAGGUGCAGUGGCGUGAGACGGCCACGAAUGGGCUGACAUACUUCCGCGCAUUGGCACUCUUCAAGGACCUCCCAGAUGAGCUCCGCAUGUUGGUCCCGCUCUUCUGCGACAGCUUGAUGCGAAUCGGCACGAAGACAAAGUCAAUGGGAGAGAUCGAAGACCUAAUCAAACUGAAAACUGGCGGCAUUUCUUUCGGACACCACGCUACGACAUCGCCCUACGACACCAGCAAAGCCGAGGAGGGCUUCGCAAUCUCAGGAUUCGCAUUCGACAAUAACGUAUCGGCGAUGUAUGAGCUCAUACAUACAGUGCUGAUUGAGACCGACUUUGACUCGCCGAAUGCACAGCGAAUGGUCAGGCAGCUUCUUCAGACUGCUGCCAGCGGUGCUGUCGAUGGUAUCGCGGAAAGCGGCCAUCGCUAUGCCAUGCGCUAUGCUGAGGCCGGCGUUUCUCCUCAAGGACGGAUCAGCGAGCAGGUCGGCGGCAUCACUCAGGUCAAGCUCAUCACAAGUCUUGCAGCGGCUGAGGAAGAUGCUAGCGCAAUGGCAGAGCUCAUCGGAAAGCUAAAAGCUAUUCAAGCACUGACUGUCGCGAACACGAAGCAAAGCAUGCGAGUGGCCCUCACCUGCGGCCAGGACGCCGCCGGACCCAACGAGUCUGCUCUGCGGAAGUUCCUGCACUCGACCUCCUCUGCCAAUCUGUCCGCAAACCCAGCUUCAAUCUACACCACCUCCGCACAAGACUACACAUCCUCCCGCAAUACCUUCUUCAACCUCCCCUACCAAGUCUCCUACUCCGCUCUCCUCCUCCCCACCGGCCCGUACGUCGACCAAUCCUCCGCUCCCAUCGCCAUCCUCGCCAAACUCCUCACCCACAAACACCUGCACCACGAAAUCCGCGAAAAGGGCGGCGCUUAUGGCGGCGGAGCCCUCUCUCGCGGUCUCUCCGGUGUCUUUGGCAUGUACUCCUACCGCGACCCAAACCCGGAUAACACGCUGGAAAUCUACUCCAAUGCCGCGCGCUGGGCGGCAGACCGCGAGUGGACGGAGAGGGAGCUCGAGGAAGCGAAACUGAGUGUUUUCCAGGGCGUGGACGCGCCGGUUAGUGUGAAUCAGGAGGGAAUGGUGAGGUUCUUGAGUGGAGUUGAUGAAGAGAUGGAGCAGAAGAGGAGAGAGUGGUUGUUGGAUGUUGAUGUGAGGCAGGUGAGGGAUGCGGCGGAGAGGAUGGUUGGGGAUGUCAAGAGUAAGGCGUACGUGACUGUGUUGGGGAAUGCGGAGAAGAAGGCGUUUUUGAAGGAGAAGAGUGAGGCGUGGAGGGUGGUGGACAUGGGGAUGAAGGGUGAGGCUGCGGCGUAA